AUGCAGUCCGAGGUCGAUCUUCCCGCCAAUGUCCGGAAUGUUUUUGAUGCAAGAGACUUGCUUGAUCAUCCUAACGGCACUGCUAAUCCAUCUGCCCGUUCUGUCGGCUUGAGUAGAUUUUCUGAAGCCAUUCCCAGAGUUAUUGACGAGACUGCUGAGGAAGUCCGCAAGACGUUUGAAGACUUUUUAACAAGAUUUCAAGAUGAAGAAACCAAUACGAAUAUAUAUCUGGAGCAGAUCAGACAUCUCAGUGAUAAUGAAACUGCUACUGUCUAUGUCGACUUUAUGCAUCUGAGCAACUUUAACGAGAUUCUCGCUGAAACUAUCCGUCAGCAACACUACCGUAUGGAGCCUUAUUUGCGCAAGGCCGUGCAGAAUCUAGUAGCCAUUCAUGCUCCCUAUUAUGUUCGUAUCCGGACUGGAGGUCAGGCUCAAGAAAACGGACAAAGUAGAGAAUUUUGGCUUAGCUGGUAUGGCAUGAAUGAAACUAAAAAAUUAAGAGCACUCAAGAUGGAUUGUCACAGUCAGCUGGUUACUAUUUCUGGCACCGUUACUCGAACUUCCGAGGUUCGACCCGAACUUCUUUACGGCACUUUUAUUUGUAACGAGUGCGGUAGCUUAAUCAACGAUGUUGAGCAAGCAUUUAAAUACACCGAGCCUACAACGUGUUUUCAGCUUGAAUGUGGUAAUCGAUCCAACUUUACUCUUUCUACCGAAUCCAGUAAAUUUGUGGACUGGCAAAAAAUCAGAAUUCAGGAGAAUGCUGACGAAGUGCCUGGCGGUGCAAUGCCUCGUAGUUUGGAUGUGAUUUUGAGAAACGAGAUUGUUGAACGUGCCAAGGCUGGAGACAAGAUUAUUAUUACUGGCAUGCCAAUUGUCGUUCCAGAUGUAUCUCAGUUGAUUGGUAAUCGCGUCGAGUCUCGCCGAGACAACUCUGGCGGUCGUCCAAAAGAUGGUGUUACUGGUCUCAAAGCACUUGGCGUGCGUGAACUGACGUACAAAAUGGUGUUUCUUGCUAGCUUUGUUCAGCCUAGAGAAAUGCGCAAUGCAUUGAAUGCCUUGCAUGAUAUGAAUGACGAAGAGGAUCCUGCUGCUGCUGCUAUUGCCCAGUUUUCUGCAGAUCAGCUUGAUGAAAUUCGUGUUAUGCACCAAGAUCGCCGUAUAUACCAAAAGCUUGCGUCUAGUAUCGCUCCUCAUAUUUAUGGACACGAUGAUAUCAAAAAGGGUGUUUUACUGCAAAUGAUGGGAGGUGUUCACAAGACUACAAUUGAGGGAAUUCGUAUUCGUGGUGAUAUUAAUGUCUGUAUUGUUGGUGAUCCAAGUACUGCCAAAUCUCAGUUUCUCAAGUAUGUGUCCAAUUUUAUGCCGCGUGCAAUAUACACGUCUGGCAAGGCAUCGAGUGCUGCUGGUUUGACUGCUUCUGUUGUCAAGGACGAAGAGACUGGCGAAUUUACAAUUGAAGCAGGAGCGUUGAUGCUUGCUGACAAUGCAAGUGGCAUUUGCUGUAUUGACGAGUUUGACAAGAUGGAUCUUGUGGACCAAGUUGCUAUUCACGAAGCGAUGGAACAGCAGACCAUUUCUAUUGCCAAAGCCGGCAUUCAAGCCACUCUUAACGCAAGAACAUCUAUUUUAGCUGCUGCUAAUCCCAUAUAUGGACGGUAUGACAAGAAACUAUCACUUAAACAAAACAUUGCCAUGUCUCCACCCAUCAUGUCUCGGUUUGAUUUGUUUUUUGUUAUUUUAGACGAAUGCCACGAACAGACUGAUUUAUGUAUUGCACAGCACAUCAUCAAUUUUCAUCGAUUUCAAGAGCAAGGCAUUGUGCCAGAAAUAUCUACCGAGAAGCUUAAGCGAUACUUGACUUAUGCUCGUGCAUUGAAACCCAAGCUGACAAACGAAGCCAUGGAGUAUCUAGUAUCACAAUACCGUGAUCUACGUCAAGCCGAUGCCACUGGUGUUAGUCGAUCAUCGUACCGCAUUACUGUUCGUCAGCUUGAGAGUAUGAUUCGUUUGUCUGAAGCGCUUGCCAAGGUGCAUUGCGAGCCAGAGAUUCUGAUUCGUCAUGUUACCGAAGCUGCGCAUUUACUCAAGACUUCGAUUGUUCAUGUAGAGCAAGAGUCUGUGCCACUUGAAGAUGAAGACUUUGCGGUACCUGGAAUCAUGCGACCAGAAGAAGCAUCGCAGCAACUCACUCCAGCAGUAGCACCAAACAAGAUUACUUUAUCUCAAGAAGAAUAUCAAAAAAUUGUGCAAUCUGUUUUAUUGCAGCUUCGUCGCCGAGGACGUGAUAGUGCUGAUGCGGGCAUGACCAAAUCUGAUUUGAUCAACUGGUACAUUGAGAUGCUAGUAGAUGCCAACACGAUUGAAACCGAAGAAGAGAUUGUCCAUCAUUCUAUGCUCAUCAAGAGCGUGUUGUCCAGACUUGUGAAAAAAGAAAACAUUCUCAUGGAGAUUCGGGACCAAACCCGUCUUACAGAGGAAUCAGUAGAUGAACAAGGAGUUGCACUGAGUGAGGAUCCAGUUCUUGCCAUCAAUCCAGCCUACUAUGAUGCCAAUGACAAGUAAAGACAGCGAUUUGUAAAACGACAAAUGAAGUUGAUUAAUAAAUGCAAACCGUGUAAAUGGA